GAGAAAAAUAGGUCCCAUUUGAUUCUUUGUUCCAGGGUUGGGGUUGGAGAGCGCCGCGCCCAAAUGUCUACGCCAUCAAGGAAGCGCUUGAUGCGAGACUUCAAGCGCCUCCAACACGAUCCUCCCGCGGGAAUCAGCGGCGCGCCGCAGGACAACAACAUCAUGCUCUGGAACGCGGUGAUCUUCGGGCCGGAUGACACUCCCUGGGAUGGAGGGACGUUUAAGCUGACAUUGCAAUUCACAGAGGACUAUCCCAACAAACCUCCCACCGUGAGGUUUGUUUCCAAGAUGUUCCAUCCCAAUAUUUAUGCUGAUGGAAGUAUUUGCCUCGACAUACUGCAAAAUCAAUGGAGUCCGAUCUACGAUGUUGCGGCAAUUCUUACGUCCAUACAGUCACUGCUUUGUGAUCCUAACCCAAACUCGCCGGCAAACUCCGAAGCAGCACGGAUGUAUAGCGAGAACCGUCGAGAGUACAACCGGAGAGUCCGCGACAUUGUGGAGCAGAGCUGGACGGCGGAAUAGCCUGGAUUUGUGGGGUAAGGCAGCAUUUAUGAGUGAUCUUUUGCAAUAUAUUUGUUGCAUUGGCUAGCUCAAAUGGGAUCGCAGCACUUGCUUGAGUAUGUAUAUGUAUAUACUACGUAGCGUGGAAUGAAUGUGGAGGAAGUUUUAUUGCAAA